AUGGACACCGCAGUCCGAAGCCUGCAAGCUCAAGUCGCCACGAUCAACAAUGGACUCGCCAACUUGUCCAACCAGGUCACCUCGCCCUUCGAGGCGAUUCAAAAGCAGGUGGAGGUGCGGAUUGCCACAGUCGAAGGGACGGUCAACCAGCACACACCAGAGAUCAACAGCCUCAAGAUGCAAAUCUCAAGGCUCCAAACCCUCCUCGGUGAUAUUCAAUCAGAGAGACCCACACCGAAACCGAUCGACCAGUCGUUCAACCGCGAGAUCGACCCGUCCAUUUUGGCCAUCCGAUCACGCAACGUCAUUCCGAAGCAGAAUAUGCUCAACGCGCUCAAGCCCUGGCUCGAGCGGAACAAUCUCGCGGAAUCUGACUUUGUUAUCGAGGGGGACCCCGCCAGUAAGAAGUUCUCGGUCAGAAUUGGAGGCAGCCGCAGCUACGCUGAACGCAAGGUGGCACAAUGUAUGUCGAGCCUCAAGCGGACAGAUGGGCAGUGCGAAAGGUUUGCAGCUCUCGACGUGGACGGACAACACUCCGAGCUCUUCAUCUCGGGUGACAAGAACAGCUGCAUGGCGCUUGGGGUGGACAUCAACAAUUUGCGCCUCACGCUCGACCGCGUCUUCGCCAACGAGACAGUGGCAACUGAGUGGUGUCUUUAG